GGAUCAUGGCUUUCGAGCGAUGGCGGCGGCCGCGGCUACUAAGGUGGUUGGCUAGACCCGGCUCGGGGUAAACCUGUUUGUGUUUACAUGGCACCAACGAGGGAUCCUUAACAGAUGAACCAGGUUCUGUCAUGCCAUCGAUCCCACUUCCACAAUUGGUCAAUGUCCAACACCCGGGAAGAGGCGCAGGAGGGUUGCAGCAGAACAGCCAGUACAGUAAGGGUUCCCGGGAUGUGAGCCUGUGAGGUGCUAGGCGGGAUCCAUGCGAUCCAUAGCGGGUCGUGUGCUCUUCACUGGCGCGGACGCCGCCAGCGGAUAGGCUUAUGUAGCGGCCACUCUAGUGGGUGGGCGCCUCCAUCUCAGGUGGCUUGGCCAUUGGCUGCAUGUUCCGACGGCUUCACCGCUUCUUCCCCCAUCGACAAACCGCCCACAGCAGCGAGACUAACCCAUGAUCUACCCGCCGUUGAGCCUUCUCCAGCAGUCCCUCUCCUUCUCCAGCUGCUCCAAAACCUCAGACCUCCUCCCUUCACCUCAACAAGGGACUUCACGAAAGAGCGGUGUCGUCCGCUCAGUUCCUACAAUAUUAUCGAUCAUCCGCCUUUUCCUACUCCGCUCCCCUUCUGUUUUUUGCCCAGAAUGACUUACGACUUCAACAACGGCGGGGGUGAUGCCUAUCUCGACUUGACGACCUUCGAUACUCGAAAUCGCGCUGCUUACCAAACGUACUCGACAGCCACGACCCAUUCGAGUCCUUCGGCUGCUUCAAACAUCAUGCCCCAGGACGCCCGACACUGGGCUGUUCCCCUCGAUAUGUCUUCAAACAACUCUCAUGGCUAUGCCUCCAUGAGCCCGGAGGAGCACCAGUCCUCUCCUCCAUCUCAAUCCGCCAGUCCUCAUAGCCAGCACUCGCCGCUACAACAAUCACCUUUUCAGCAAAGUGUGAACCCCUUGACGGAUUGGGCCCUUCAGCAACAGCAACAGCAACAGCAACAGCAACAGCAACAGCAGCACCUCGCUGCUGCUGAUAUGACACAGUUCAUCCAAGAUGCUGCCCUCAUGAGCUUCAAUGCCUUCCCUGCAAACUUCCAGCCGACCAACCCCCUUGAUUAUCUUCCCGCGACUACACAGGCUGCUCUUCAGGCCAAUCUCCUCGAAUCGACAUUCAACGGACUGCCAAUGGACGACCACACACAAGCCGUAUGGCCCAACACCGGAAUGGGGGACUGGCAAGAAUUCCAAAAUACUCUGCAGAUGGAUGGAUUACCUCGUCUUGAUAGCGUCGGAAGCAACUCGCCUACCGGUACAUACCUCGAGGUUUUGUCUCUUCCCUCAUCCUCGGGCGAGGGCUGGGCCAUGGUGGAUUGGAAUCAGCCCAACUUUGAUCAGUUCCAACAAGCUCACGCGCAGGGCGCUGCUAUCUUCAACCCUUCCCAAACUCUUCACUUGAGAACCAAUUCCGAUUCAUCCGAUGGCGCUAAUUCCAUGGAGUUUGGAAGCUUCGAAGAGAUUGCGCCUUUCCCUUACUCUCCUUUCUCUCCCGAGUCUGACGGCUAUGUGGAUGCUGGUAACCACCGCAACUGCUUCAGCAACGAUGGCCACAAUCACAACCACGCUCACACUCACACACAUACCCAUGAGCCUGUCGCUACCAACACUGUCGCUGCCACCGCUGUCGCCACUGUCCCUAUCAAGUCUGAACCCUCUUCGAGCCGUCAUAGCCCCGGCAGUGGUGCCGGAUCUGUCUCCCCAGCUUCUAGCAGCACUACCCGCCGAAACUCGGGUCCUCGUAAGAGCCCCAUUGCUAAGAGCACUACUAAGAAUGUUGUUCGACGUAUUUCCAAUGGCAAGAAGGAUGGUACCGUUGAGAAGAAGGUUGGCCGCAGAAAGGGACCUCUUCUACCUGAGCAGAGAAAGCAGGCUAGUGAGAUCAGAAAAUUGCGAGCUUGCCUCCGAUGCAAAUUCCUCAAGAAGACUUGCGAUAAGGGUGAGCCCUGUGCUGGUUGCCAGCCUUCUCACGCCCGUCUCUGGCAAGUUCCUUGCACUCGUAUCGACAUCAAGGAUAUUGGUUACUUCAUGAAGGACUGGAAGGCCGACUACGAGCGACACAUGGACCGUGGUGUCUCGGUCUACAACGUCAAGGGUUUCGCCCAGAAGGAGACCCUUAUGUGGAUCACCCACGGUUACGGUUUUGCGCUCCCCGUUAUGGUUCGCGAGGUCUUCGUUGCCGAUGAUAGCUGCUUCUCGGUUGACUGGGUCGAGUCCACACUUACCGACCAGGAGCCCAUUGAUUUCGAGACCCGCACUGAGAAGCUUGACGUUGGUGCUGAGGGUAUUCGCCUUGAUGCACUCUCUGAGUAUCUUGACAAGCACAUUGAUGGUCCUUUCGAAGACUUCAUUGACGACCAUUUCGAGGGUACACCUUUUAUCACCGAGAUCCUUAAGACCGCUCACCGCUACUAUGUCAAGGAGAAGAUGCCUGUUAUCCGAAAGUCGCUUAAGCUGGUCCUUGCCUACAACCUCACCAUGCACAUCACCAUGGUUGAGAACCAGGGAUCUGAGGUUGACCUCGACGGUCAGAUCGACGAUGAGGACUCCAAGUACUACGGUCGUACUGUCGCCCCCGUCAUGAUCAACUUCCAGAUCAAGUGUGCCCUCGCCGACAUGUGGCGUGAGUUGCAGAAGGAUAUCCUCGAGGAGCUCUCUGCCCUGUACUCUGGUGUCUACAGUGGUGAGAAGAUGAAGAACUGGCCUACCAUCUUCAUGAUUGCCUCCAUCCUCCUUGCCGUCUGGGAGGAGAUGCAGUUCGAUUGCCACUACCGAGUCCCCGACCCUGUUGCCGUCAAUAAGUUCUGCACUGAUAUGGAGACAACACCUGUUGGUGUUAUUGUGGGUCUUUUCCACGCCAUUUCCCAGAAGCUCCCUGCCUUCACCGACUGGGACACACGCAAGCAUGGCCACCUCCUCCACAACAACACCUCGGUCUGCGAGGCCAUGACUGAAGUGAGACAGCAUGUCAUCAAGCACGAGGCUUAUCUUCGUACCCGCAAGGAGUCAAAGUUUGACCGCUACGACUUCGACUCCCUGUCCAACAAGUUCCUCUCGAAGCUUGUUAUUCGGGCCAACUAAGAUGCUGCUACUCAAGUCACGAUGCUAUGACAAUGUCAAAACAUAUGAUAGGGCCCUCUAGGGGCUCUCCUUUCCUUUGUUGCAUUUGUUUUACCACAGCGAAAGCGUUGACAAGGCCUUUUCAAUCUUGGUCAACAGCGACCCCAGAUUUGUCCUUUUUGAGCAUACGAACAUGACUCUAACAUUCUAUCACGGCUGGUCACCGCCCGACAACACGAAGCUACCUGACACGGGAAAAUGUGUUAUGACCUUCUUAUGACUUUCUUCUAUGAUUGUAUGACUGAAGAAGACAGAGCGUUCUAGUUCUUUUUAUCAUAUUUUAUUGUUUUAUUGUUUUAAAGUCUUGGAGACAGAGAAGAACGACCGUACCAUACAGAUGAUAGCGAACCUCACCCAUUUUGUGGUGUUAUUACGGGAUCAUGUUUGACGAUGUGGCAUUUGAGGAAUGAUUGAUUUCGCAUGGCUGAUAAGCCUAUAUGGGAGGUGUGUGUGAUUUACAGUGUCUUUGGAGGGCGUUGGUGAGCUCAAGUGGGCUGGACUCGCGACAAGCAGAGUGCGAAGUCGACGACGAAGAGCAGAGCGAAUCGUGUUUUUUUAUCUUAGCAGUUUGUCAAAGGGAUAUUGGGAUAGUUACAAAAAAGGCUCUAUGCUUGGCAAGUGCUACAGAGCUGCCACAAGUAUAUCGAAUGGAAUUUUUAAACCCUUAAACUUGAGUCUGAACGGAAGCUGUGAAUGAAUGACCAGUGCAUGACCAUGAUACCUCUGAAUGGUUAGAUAACUAGCAAGAAAACCUAGGACUUUUGUCCUAAGUGAUGAAGAGGCUUGGGUAAGUUUAGUGUAUUUUAAUAAAUGUUUAAACCAGUUGACUUUGGUACUUUGUUCUAAGGUCAGGUUUUAUUACCCCCGAGGCCGCUCCAUUCCUGUAAUGUUCUGCUUGAAUCAUUUGAAGUCCCAACUUCAGAAGCUUUUGAGACAAUAUCUCACUCGACACUAGGAGGUUUCCUAAUCCAGGCGCAUAUUUGCAACGGCUGGAGAGGAAAGCGAAAAACACAGUCAGCCAUGACAUUAACUGAAACACCAUGGCUGUUGGGGCGGACCGAUGGCAAUAGACACCCUCAGGCAUCGCCGAGCUAUCACGGAAUCGGGGGUCUGGGUGGUUCACGAGGUUCCUUGCCAACACCACAAAGGCGGGGUCAUGAUAAGACGCCAUGUUAAGCAAUGAUUGUUUGAGAUAAGCUCAUUGUUAGCUUUGAUAACGAAUCGAAACAGUGAGGCGAUUGUUCGCAGAUGAAAGCAACAAGACGACCAUGGCUGGAAAUGAAUGCCUUCGAAUUCAAGGCAUUGCCAUUGAUUCAAACUCGAAACGUUACCAGCCUCGUUGUGUUGCAGCAAGUUCAAGAAGUUGAUGCGAACAGGGUAGUCUUCGAGACAGGGUCCUCACGGGCCAGAAUCGUUGGCUGAUGACGUCGCGAGCACCGACAAGACCGGAUUCAGCGGGCGGCAGAAGUCGGUGACCCCCGCGACAUUUGAUCUGGAACUUGGACUGAGAGUUGAGCGUCGUCAAGUUUUCUGCUGUGAAAACUCAGCAUAGCAGACUGCAAGUGAAUUGAGUGCUGGGCUCUUGAUGCCAGAGAGGUGUCCGUCCAGGUACACCAAGUCUCCCGUCUCUGACAAUGGUGCUAGACCUACUCCAUAUCCUGUUAAAUCCACUUUGAGUUAUCUCGGCGUGUUGAUCCAGAGUGUUUGCCAUCGGUUCCUGAGCCAAAGGCUUGGUCACUGAAGCUUUAGGGAAUGAUCACCUGCGAUCUCCCAGAAAACGCUUGAAUAAUUAGCCAACCUUUUAAACAAAUUUGUGAUGGUCGAAUUGCGUCUGUUCGAGACAUCCAAACAAGCAUUGCUUUUUGUCUUUCCCGGGGUAAAGUGGCGACAUGCCCGCUCCAGGCUCCGCCACUCCGCUCUCGUGCAUUCUAGCGCUAGACCGUGGGUAUCUGCUGAUGUGUGGUGAAUCACGGUGAGAUGGUGAAUGAGACGGUAAUGGAUAAGUGACUGCGUAGGUCUAUGGUAGACACGCUUUGACUUGUUAGUUUAGUUAGUGGUUGUUGGUUGUUGUAGGCACGUCAGAUAAAGGCUUGGAUUGAACUUGAGGCCACGGUUUGCUUUUAUAUUUCUAAGUGCUUCGAGAUCCUCCUCGAAGAUGCUAGAGCAUGAAUGAACAAAUAGACAUCCAAACACCGCUCCUGACAUCAGUCUGACUUUCAGCCUUUGGCGAAACUUGGACCCACUUCACUGCGAU